GUGCGGCCUGGGAUCGAGGCUAGCUGUCAGUGCUGCUUAAACUGACACAGAACUAUUGGACCACGUGCACCAUCGUGUUAAUAAUUAUCAAACUAUUGUGAUCAGUGAUGGAUACAGCACGUACAUCAUAUUUUCAUACAUUUGUGGUGGCAUUCAAUGGACUACACCACCUGGAAGCAAUAGACCAGCAGUUGUUGGGUACUAUAAUAGAGGAAACUUUUACACUCAUCCAGACUCUGGUUUGGAAACUGUUGGCAACGCUGUAUCUUGUCCUCUCGAGACUAGAAAGAGACAGAGUGAUGGACAAAUGGACCCUACAAAUAUAACAUCGCCAAAUAAUGAAGAAAUGUACAAUCUUGCACGUGAGGGUUGCCGUAAUUUUGUUCAAGGUGUUCGAAACAAUUUUAUUGAGCAUUUGGGUGGAAAAGACAAAGUUUUUUAUUUCAAUUUACUUGUUCAAGAAGGCUACAUAUGUCCACCAAGUGUAAUGAAAGUAAAAAUGGAUGCACGGUUUCAGGGUCAAACGAACAAUAAUCACAACUGCUAUGUUUCUUCUACAAUUCAGUAUACAUCCUCAGGAGCAAUAAGUUUGAACUUGGCUCAGCAGUGCUGCUAUGAUGAUAGACUGAGUCUGAGGAGAAUUAACAGUGAUGAUUCAUAUGCUGGAACAAUGCUCUACUAUGCAACCACCAAUAGAGACCGUGUUGGCAGAGAGGCCUGUUGUAAUGACAUCCUGGAUAACGAUUACUGUGAUGAUUAUUUCGAUGUUACCAUUAUCAAUAAUGGAGUAGGAUACACGCCUCCCAACACAUUCUGAGUUUGCUCACCUGGAUAUGCGAUAAGCGCUGUGUUUGUACCAUGGAUAGCCUCAACAUAAAAAGGUAGAGGCAGUGGUGAUCCCCACUAUACAACUCUUGAUGGAACAUAUUAUACCUUCAACGGAUUGGGAAAUUUCGUUUUGUUUGAAGCUCUUGACAUUACUGGAGAGACGCCAACACUUACGAUUCAAGGAGGUUUGGGUAAUGUUGAAAUAUGGAGGAUAACAACUCAUCAGCGAAUAGCAUUUGGUGAUCAAAACUUGGCAUUCCAGUUUGGAAUGACACCUGGAUUUAGGAUGUUUCAAACUAAGCCUGUGCAAAAAGAAGUUACUGAUCAGUUGUUAGAUGAUCAACCUUGGCAACCUGAUAACUCGACCAUAAUGAGAAUGACAAGACUAGGAAACUACCGAUUAAGAGUAGAGCACUUUCGAAGUGGAGUAUCUUUUAAUUGUGAUGUGAGACUCAUCGGUUCAAGUGACUACUACCUUAACAUUUAUCUGCUGGUUCCAUCGUCAAUCAACUAUAGAGGUUUUUUCGGAAACAGCGAUGGACACUUUCUGUCUGAAAGAUAUAAUGCAACACCGCUCCCACAGCCCCAUAGCGAUCUUCAGCUGUAUGAGCCUCUGCUAACAUGGAGGGUCAACUCUGAAGAGAGCUUGUUUCUUGAUGAUGAAUCUCCAUUACGUCAAAAACGUCAAGGGUCACCAGAGAAUUCUUUCGUUCCCAUAUUUUUUAGUGAUUUAAACUUCACUGAUGCUAUGAGAUUAGAGUGUGAAAAUAAUUCUCAAUGUCUAUUUGACUUGGCUGCUACGAAUGAUAUAAAUAUUGCACUCACUACCCUUAACUUUACUAAGGAAGUCAAUGAUGUCGGAGAAUUUUUAAGGAAGCUCCCUCCUACUAUUUCUGCUAAUCCCACACUCAAAGUUACCAUCGGAGUUGAGGCAAUUUUUGAUCUCAAAGUCAAUGAUUCAAAUGGAGACGCGUUCUCACUACAUGUCCAGAGCACUGCUUUACCAGGGAGGUGGACACUAAACAAUGUGACAGCAACAGAUUACAUUUUUCGCUGGAGUUUAUUCGAAGUAACUAGCGAACAGCUGGUAUUUGUAAGUACAGAUUCAGGAGGUUCUUCGUCAACUUUUAUUCCACGUGUUGAAAUUUGUGCCUGUGUAAAUGGAGGUAACUGUACUCUGAGUGGGGUCAGAAAUGGCAAUGCUACACUGGUCAUGAACUGCUAUUGUAAUAAUGCAUAUUCUGGACAAUUUUGUGAAGAAGACCGUGAUGGGUGCUUAGACAUUCAAUGUUUUAAGGGAACAGAUUGCACUGAUAUCCCAGCCCCAGAAGCGGGUGCUAGAUGCAGCACAUGUCCUCUUGGUUAUACUGGAAAUUCACUGACAUGUUUGGAUAUCGAUGAGUGCUCUCUCAAUGCCAACCUUUGUCAUCAAAUAUGUACUAACACUGAUGGUAGCUACACUUGUGAGUGCAACGAAGGUUACCAACUAAUGGAUGAUGGAUUCAACUGUGAAGAUAUUAAUGAAUGUGACAGAGUGAACAGCUGUCACCAGGUGUGUGUGAAUAUGUUGGGCUCAUUCACCUGUGAUUGUGAGGACGGAUAUACCCUAUUGGAUGAUGACUACACCUGUACUCCCAGGGAACGUUGUGAUGGCAUGUGUUUGUUCGGCUGUUGUGCCGUGAUUGCUGGUGAAGAACGUUGUUAUUGUCCUGUGGGAUUGAGCCUAUCAAAUGGAAAUCUAUGUGAAGAUAUAAAUGAAUGCGACUCUACAAAUACUUGUGAUCAAGUGUGUCACAAUACAAUUGGAAGUUUUGAGUGUUUAUGUUCCGAUGGAUAUGUCUUCCUUAAUGAAGCAUGUACAGAUGUUAAUGAGUGCUUGGAGGCAGCUACUGCUGGAUUCGAUCUCUGCUCAAACACAGCACACUCUCACUGUACCAACACUGAAGGAUCUUAUGGUUGUGCCUGCAAUCCUGGAUAUGAAAAGCUUAAUGAAACUUGCGUACAGAUUGGCUGUUUCCGUUUGGAUGCUAUUGCCAAUGGAGUAAUAGUAUACUCUGCAUUUAGUAGUGAAGAAAACAAGUAUCCAUCAGGAUCAACAGCUACAUAUCAAUGUCAAGUCAAUUACAGUCCAACCAAUCCAGUGACGAGACGCCUAUGUUAUGACAGUACUAUGUGGUCAGGAUCACCUACAACAUGUGAAAUGAUAACGUGUACGGACAUGCUCCAUCUUGAAAAUGGGAGAAUAUCCUUUAGUACUGGUUCUUCUACACCCCCGUUUGAUGUCACAACAGAAGCUACUCACCGAUGUGAUGAUGGUUACACACUCAUCGAACAAGAUGAUACAGUGCGGACUUGUAGAGGAAUUCUAGGCAGUCUAUACGGACAAUGGGACAGAGAAGCUCCACAAUGCAUAAAGAUUGUAAUAACUUCAGCUGUGAAAGCACAAAUUCCUGAGAGCAUUGGCUCAUUCAAUAUUUGCAGUGUACUGAUUACUGAUCAGCUACUACGAACAGAUUUGACCAAUGUAAUCUCAGUGACAAAAACGAACACUAAUUCAGGAUCUGCGGUCAUGGUGUCUUGUGAUGAUCUCACCCCAUGCGGUCAAAUCGAAUUCAGUUUUUUGAGUGCUUCACAAAAUGGAACAACCCAUUGCGUUAUGGUCAAUGUUGUGAAUGAUGAUACUGUUGAGGAUGUGGAGAAUUUAGUGUUCACUAUAAUCUCACUGAAUGGAAUAACAGUCAAUGGCAGCUUUUAUGAAAUUGAUUUGAUAGAUGACGAUGGUUCUAUUAUACAACUGCCAUUCCAUGAGACAACUGAAUAUGUGAAUUCCACGGAUGCAUCUCUGAGUGUAACUGUUUCAAUUGAGACAGCGCCUGGAAAUCUGGAAAGACUUGUUGUAACAAAUUUAUCGCUAAGCCUAGUGACCGAAGAAGGAAGUCAUGCUGCCAGCUAUUCUCGCAUGUUGGUCUUUGGCCCUGAAGCUCUAAAUAUAACAAUAGACAUUCCGGUUUAUGUGAGUAUCAUUCCUGGGCAUCAGAUUGUUACACUUACGCCAUUGAAUCCUCUGGACACGUUCAAUGGCUCCUCUUCCAUAACAGUUUAUAUUUAUAACGAUUCUCAGUUGCCGACCAAUUUUCAGUUUCAGAACCUUGAUCCCACUCUUUGUGAUACAGUGACAGUUGCUUGGGAUGAACCUGACAUCUAUUACGGACCUGUUCAACUGUUUCGUUUGGAGAUCACAGAGAGUAACACUACUUGUCUCAUAGAAGAUGUGAUUGUCCACAGUACUUCGUACACAUUCAGGAAUCUUCUCUGCUGCAUGGAAUACAACAUCAAGCUGUCCGUAUCAUUAUUGGGAAACUUUGGUUCUAACAAUCCUGCUGUAUUUCAGUCUGUAAAGACCCUAUUUGACUUGUCAGAUCCUAUCGAGGUGUUGGUCGUGGCCAUUCUCAAUAACACUGGACUUAGAGUUACAUGGACAGAAACAGAGGAAGUAGCUGCUCAGCAUUCUGAUGGAGAUUUCUUUGUUGUCAGUGUGACAGCUAAUUGCGAAAAUGAACAGUAUUUUGAGAAUAUCACAACACCUUCUCCGAUAGUUGUUCCCUAUGAUGGACAUUUUUCAACUAUCAUUUUCCAGCUGGAUCCCACAGUGCCUUACAGACUUCAAGUGUCAGUUUCUUUCUGUCAAGCUUCCUUUCUAGUCUAUGAUGAACUAUGGUAUACAGAUGAUGGAUCUGGUUUAUCACCUCCUCUGAUCACUUCCAUUAUCCGCUACUUCGAUACUCUGAGUGGUGAUAGAGCAGUUAUUACAUGGGAUUCACCCGUUCAAGUUGUUGGCGUCAACGUAUUUCGUGGCAAGAACCUCACGGAUGACAAUGAAGUAUCUUUCCCUGGAACAAUUGAGGGUAAUCAGUACUCCAUCAGUGGACUUGAUGCUUGUACAACAUAUUGGUUUGCGGUCAAGUCUGCUUCAUGUGCUGCAGAAGUCUUCAGCUCACCAGCGAGACUAAAUACUUCAUCAGAUGUCUCUCCCUUUGAUUUCAGUAUUCAACUGCAAGGAAAUGAGUCAUGUGCUCAGUGGGUAGGGCUGAACACUACUAAAAAAAUCAGUGAACUUGAGAAGCUUAUGUUGAGUAUCCUUCAUAGUGAUACAGAAUCUUGCAACCUCAGGGACACAUACUGUUUUAAAGAAACAGUGUUGGAGUGUAUUAGUGAUUAUCCUUCUACUGCAUCAAUCGUAAAUCUCAAGACUAACCUUGUUGGGAUUAGAUCAAACCAUAGCAGCGAAGGUCAAAAAAAAUGUUUAGUCAACUGGGUGUAUACCAAGCCAACUGUUACAUUGGGUGGACAGAUACUGGUGAUUGUGAUUUUUGUUCCUCAACCUGCACUGACAAGUGCCCCCAUAUCUACACCUGGAAUUCCGAUCACAGUAUCAACACGUCAGGAUAGUUACGGUACUAGCACUGUAUCGCUCGGUACACACUCUAUGCCAACAUCCCUGCUUACAUCGGCACCUUCCUGGAUGUCAGAAACAGUUUCCUUAUUACAAGAGGUUUCUGUUAGCCAGUCAGAACCUGGUGACACAGUACAUGUACCCACACUAACCAAAGUAGUAACUGUAUCUAAAACAAAUGAAGUUCCUCCGGCACAGACAACAUCGAAUGUUCUUGUCACAUCGUCUCUACCUAGUGAAAUUCCAAUCCCCAGUGCACUACCUACACCAGACGUUUCCAUCACAAUACCUACAACUGAACUUCCUGCUUUUGGGCUGGCGCUCAUUAUUGCUCUCUGUAUCGUGAUGGGCAUUCUUUUAGUUGUUCUCAGUGCAAUUAUUGUGGUAAUACUUUAUAGGAAGAAAGCACCAAAAAAGACUCCAAAAAAAUAUGUGAAUAAUGGAAAGACUGCAGAGCGAACGAGGCACUCCGCCCUUGGAUUUAAGGACAACCCCCUUUUCUUUUCAAAUCCUCUAUUUGAUUCAUCACUGGGGGUUGUGACGAAUCCACUCUAUGUUGACAAAGGACAUAUUGAGGAUGAUGUGGAAUCUAUUCCUAGCAAGCUUUUCAGGUAUGAAGACUCUGAUUAUGAAUUCGAAGACAACCAGCUCUGACUGUAAUUAAUUAAGCUUGCACUGCAAAUUAAAUUAAAGUAGUUUUUAUAUUAGCUGUCAUUUUUAUUAGCUGUAUAAUUAUUAGUUUUUAGCACUGGUAAAUAAAUGGUCAUGACCUGUUGUUGCUAUAGCUUACUCAGUUAUUACCGUUUUAUGUAGUUAAGGUUAACUAUUACCAUAGCAGCGGAGUAUACAACUUUUGUCCCAUAAAUUUAUGCUAGUUUUGUAUAUUGAAUACGAUGUAUACUCAAAUUUAA